AUGGACACCGAGGUCCCCUUUCUUUCCGGCGUGGACGAGGAUGGCCUGCCGCUCGCCGGCGUCUCCGACUUCCGCGGCCGCCCCGUCUACCGCAACACCUCCGGCGGAUGGCGCGCCGCCCUCUUCGUCGUCGUGAUGGAGCUCGCCAGCACUUUCGCCAACUACGGCGUGUCGGCGAACCUUAUCACGUAUCUGACAGGACCAUUGGGCCACUCUAACGCCUCGGCGGCGGCCGCCGUCAACAUCUGGUCGGGGACGGCGAGCCUCAUGCCUCUGCUGGGCGCCUUCGUCGCCGACUCGUGGCUGGGGCGCUACCGGUCCAUCAUACUCGCCAGCACCCUCUACGCCCUGGGUUAUGGCAUGAUUACUCUGGCAUCAACAAUCCCAACACAAGAAGCGUCAUCUCUCGACAACGACUACGCUUCCCACCCUUCAUCGAUGAAGGCGGCCUUCUUCUACAUCUCCCUCUACCUCAUCGCCAUCGCGCAGGGCGCUGAUAAACCCUGUGGCCUGGCCUUUGCCGCCGACCAAUUCGACCCCGACCACCCCCGAGAGUGCGCUGCCCGUUGCUCCUUCUUCAAUUGGUGGUACUUCUCAAUAGCCAUUGGUAUCGCCGUUGCCGUCGCUUUAGUCAGCUACAUCCAGGAGAACCUUGGUUGGGGAAUUGGAUUUGGAUCUCUAUGUGUCAUCAUGAUCAGUGCCUUCGUUGUUUUCCUCCUCGGUAGCCCCAGCUACCGCCUCUAUGCGCCAACCCCAGGUUCCCAAAGUCCCUUCACCCGCCUCGCCCACAACAUUGCCACACUUAUCAGGAGCUCGAGCUUCUCCUUUGGCACAACAAGACAACACCAUCCAAAAGAUGAAGAUGACAUGACCAAGUCAGAGGAGGUGCGUAGCGUGCUACGGCUGCUGCCUAUCUGGACGGCGUGUCUGGCGUAUGGUGUUGUGUUUGCACAAAUUAUGACAUUUUUUAACAAGCAAGGACGCACCUUGGAUCGCCGCCUCUUUGCUAGUCUAGAGCUGCCGCCAGCUGCGUUGCAGACAUUCGGACCAGCAGCCAUCUUGUUGUUCGUGCCCAUAUACGACCGUUUGUUGGUGCCAGCACUACGCUGCAUGACAGGCAAUCCUUUAGGGCUAACACCACUGCAACGUGUGGGCACCGGCAUGGUUAUAUCACUAGCCACUGUGUGUGUGGCCGCAUUGGUGGAAGCCCGACGGCUAGAGACGGCACAUGAGUAUGGCCUAGUGGAUGACGCCGGAGCAACGGUGCCGAUGAGUUGGGUGUGGCUAGUGCCGCAAUAUGUGAUGAUCGGGGUGGCCGACGUGUUCGCAAUGGUUGGGAUGCAGGAGUUCUUCUAUGUCCAGAUGCCAAGCGAGUUGCGUAGCCUUGGCUUGGCGCUUUACUUUAGUGUGAUGGGCAUUGGUGGCUUCAUCAGUGGCGCUCUGAUCUCCCUCAUUGACCGUGUCACCAGCAGCGGUGGCGGGGAUAGUUGGUUUGCAGACAACCUCAACCGUGCCCAUCUUGACUACUUCUACUGGCUACUUGCUGGCCUCAGCGCCAUCGAGCUUGUGCUUUAUAUCCGCUUCACCAUCUCGUAUGUCUACAAGCGCAAGAGCCUCCACUAA